UUGGGCUAUUUGGCUUGUCCUCGUUCAAAAAGUAAAAUUAACUCAUCAUAAAAAAGGUAAAUAGAGUAAAACGACGUCGGUACGGCGAUUUUGGCAGUACAGUGUCUUCUUGGGCUGUUUGGCUUGUCCUCCAAGUUUUUCCACUCAAAAACACUCUUUCAGAUCGCAAAUCAAAACCACUCGAAAACCAAAGUCAGAUAUUUCAACACAAUUGUUUGUUGAAUAGCAGGAAAAAGAGAAAAGAAAGAAGGAGUAAUUAUAUAGGAAAAGCAGAAACAAAAUAAAAAAUGGCGAGAUAUGAUCGAGCAAUUACAGUUUUCUCCCCCGAUGGGCAUUUAUUCCAGGUGGAGUACGCUCUCGAAGCCGUCCGUAAAGGUAACGCUGCCGUUGGAGUACGCGGCACCGACAUCGUCGUCCUCGGCGUCGAAAAAAAAUCCACCGCCAAGCUCCAAGACUCCAGAACUGUUAGAAAGAUCGUGUCUUUGGAUGAUCAUAUUGCUCUGGCUUGCGCGGGUUUAAAAGCAGACGCUCGCGUCUUGAUCAAUAGGGCUCGAAUUGAAUGCCAGAGUCAUAGGCUCACAGUUGAGGAUCCUGUAACUGUGGAAUAUAUAACACGAUACAUUGCUGGUCUGCAACAGAAGUAUACACAGAGCGGUGGUGUGAGACCAUUUGGUCUUUCGACCUUAAUUGUUGGUUUUGAUCCGUACGCCGGUGUUCCUUCUCUUUACCAGACUGAUCCAUCGGGAACAUUUUCUGCUUGGAAGGCUAAUGCAACUGGGAGAAACUCUAAUUCGAUGAGGGAGUUUCUGGAGAAAAAUUAUAAGGAAACUUCUGGGCAAGAAACAGUGAAGCUAGCAAUUCGCGCUUUGCUUGAAGUUGUUGAGAGUGGUGGAAAGAACAUAGAAGUUGCCGUGAUGACAAAAGAGCAUGGACUGCGACAACUAGAAGAAGCUGAAAUUGAUGCCAUUGUUGCUGAGAUUGAAGCAGAGAAAGCAGCUGCAGAGGCUGCAAAGAAGGCCCCCCCUAAAGAAACCUAGUUCAAUUUCUCACAUCUCCUUGGUCUCGCCUCAGUUUACUCUUCAUGGUUCUCCGUUGAAACAUUAUUCAGUUAUGUCAAUUGGUUGGAUAUGUUGAAUUUUGCUACGUGCAAAACAUGUAUUUUCAGCAUCAUGCUUCUGCUUGUUAUACUUGAUUGUUGUUACAAAUAGAGUAAGGUCAACUCUAUCUUCUUUUUCCUUUCUCUUUAGUUAUGCUUUCCAUCUAAAAGAGAACAAAAAAGAAGGCAAUUCUUAUUGAUCAAUAACCUGCGUUUUGAUUGGGCUCUCAUUUUCAAAGUCCAAUUUCUCUUGUUGCUGCAAGCCUGUUUUGCGUGUAUUCUUUUUGAAAGAUUGACCAAGGCUUUAUUUGGGUGGAUGGGGAAAUUAAUUGUAGUGAGAUUAAAAAUAAUAAU